AUGAGAAACCAAACCUUUUUGACAGAAUUCAUUCUGCUGGGACUAACAGACAUCCCAGAGAUUCAAGUUGUCAUUAUUAUACUUCUCUUCCUCACCUAUGUAUUCAGCAUCAUUGGAAAUCUGACAAUCAUCAUCCUCACACUACUGGACUCCCACCUCCAGACUCCCAUGUAUUUCUUCCUUCGGAACUUCUCCUUCUUGGAAAUUUCCUUUACAACCACUUUCACUCCCAGGCUGCUGUUCAGCAUCUCUACCGGGCAUAAAACCAUCAGUUUUGCUGCAUGCUUCACUCAGUAUUUCUUUGCCAUAUUUUUCGGGGCCACAGAGUUUUACCUUCUGGCUGCCAUGUCCUACGACCGCUACGUGGCCAUCUGCAAACCCCUGCAUUACACCACCAUCAUGAGCAGCAGGGUCUGUGUCCAGCUGGUUCUCUGCUCUUGGCUGGGUGGAUUCCUAGUUAUCUUACCCCCGAUCAUCCUGACCAGCCAGCUGGAUUUCUGUGCCUCCAAUGUGCUGAAUCAUUAUUAUUGUGACUAUGGACCUCUCAUAGAAAUAUCUUGCUCAGACACAAGUCUACUGGAAUUGGUGGACUUUAUCUUAGCAGUUGUGAUCUUGGUGGCCACCCUGGUACUGGUGAUUCUCUCCUACACAAACAUCAUCGGGACCGUUCUGAAGCUCCCCUCUGCUCAGCAAAGGAAAAAGGCCUUUUCCACCUGUUCUUCCCACAUGAUUGUCAUCUCCUCUUAUGGCAGCUGCAUCUUCAUGUACAUAAAACCUUCAGCAAAAGAAGGAGUUGCCUUCAAUAAGGGUGUAGCUGUGCUCAAUACCUCAGUUGCCCCUUUACUGAACCCGUUCAUUUACACUCUAAGGAAUAAACAAGUAAAAGAAGCCUUCAAGGAUGUGGCCAGAAAAAUAAUGCAUCUUUAUUCAGGUUAA